AAGUUUUACUUGUCCCUAGUAGAAAUGAACAUUCCUUCUAUUGAUAGACCCGUUUUUUAUACGAAACGUUCUUGUCACAAAUAUCCAGAAGGAAGCCUCUACUAGUGUCCCCAUCGAGUUAUACUUCGCAAGAGUCUUCUUCCAAGUGCCUAACGGAAUGAACUUUUGUAUAGUGACUCACUUAUUCAACGAGCUGAUGGUUGAGAUUGGAAGAAGAUUCCUAAAGCAGCUUUGUACUUUCUAUAGUUUGCUUUCUUGUAUAUCUUUAAAAGUUGUAGUUUUUACAAAGUUUAUCGUACAAGAGGAUGCAGCAAUUGUCUUUAAACCUAAACAGUCAUGUUUACCUUCAAAAACACCUCAAAUGUAUAGUCGACUAUUGAGGAGAAAGAAUUCAACUAUGAUUCAAAUGCUAUGCAAUGACAAUAUACGAGAAGAGAGUCGCUAGAAUAGACUCAAUUCGAUUGAAUUGAAUUUCUUGAAAAAUAUCUUUUCUCCUCUUAACAGAAUUCACAGUAUCAAAUGCUACUAUUGUCUGUGAGUAAUUUCAGAGGAGAAAGAAACAGGAGUUAUUGACUCUUACAGAAAUUGAGUAUUGAUGAUACGCUUGAGUCACUGUUGUUUCGGAGUUUUGAUAAAACCACGAGAUAUUUU